AAAGAGACAAGAUCUGUAUUCAGUAGCGGUUCAGGCUUUGUACUAAGAAGGCAGGCGUACUUAUCGUUUCGAUUUAUCGAAGCGUUUAACGACAUUACUCGUAAGAAAAUAAAUCCAAUUUAUAGAAUGUAACAUUCAUCGAUAAUAUUCUUUUGUUAAGUAGAAAACGAAUGAUACAAAUACAGAAAGUGUUCAACAGGUGUACCUUUUAUUUUCCUCCACGAUACAGUUCCAUGCGAAGACAAAGAACGAUUCCGGAUAGUGGAUUUGGUUGAACUAUCAUCGAACGGGAUUUAUCUAUUUGGAAUAUCGACAACGUGAAUUUAGUGAUUGCUCUCAAGAUUCCUUUAUUGUGUCUGUGUCGUGUCAAUUUUCAAGUGAUUGCUCAAUUAGUCAGCAAUCAGAUUGUUCGUUAAGAGGACUCUCAAGUAGAUAUCAAUUAAAGAAUUAAUAACAGUGGGUUAAUGCAGCAUAUAGAAGAAGAUGGACACAACCAAUUUGAAAUCGAAACCAAAUCCACGAGAAAAAGCGAAUUUACUUUCAGUGUUACUUUGGUGGUGGACAAUAGAUUUAUUCAAGAUAGGCUACAGAAAGAUUCUGCAAACCGAUGAUUUAUAUACUCCUUUGAAGACGGAUCGAUCGAAUGUGCUUGGAGAUCGAUUGGAAAAGCGAUGGAAAAUUGAGAUGGAAAAUUCGAAAAAACAUAAAAGAAAAGCCAGUUUAUUGAGAGCAAUUUUUCGUACCUUUUGGUGGGAAUAUACUGUACUUGGUUUAAUGCAAAUAUUAAAUGAAUUUAUAAUCCGAUUAGGGACACCAAUACUUUUGGGUGGACUUUUACGUUAUUUCAAAAAGAGUAUGAAUGAAACUUACGAAACUGCAUUAUUAUACGCGGCUGGAAUUUGUAUAGCAACAGCUAUAAACGUAAUCACUCUCAAUCAAGCAAUUUUCGGUGCGUUUCAUAUUGGUGCAAAAAUCAGGGUUGCGACGUGUUCUGUAGUGUAUCGAAAGGCAUUACGACUUAGUAAAACAGCACUUGGUGAAACAGCUCCAGGGAAAGUGGUUAAUUUAGUGGCUAAUGAUGUAAAUAGAUUUGAUCUUGUUUCCAUCUUUAUACAUCAUAUGUGGUCUGCUCCAAUUUCUAUGUUAAUCAUAGCAUACUUUCUUUAUACUGAAGCUGGAUAUGCUGGUUUAAUUGGUAUUGCUGCAGUUUCCGUCGUUGUGCCAAUUCAGUCAUAUACAGGAAAAUUGUCUUCCAAAUUUCGGCUACAAACUGCUAUAAAAACUGACGAAAGAGUUCGCUUAAUGGACGAAAUUAUAUCAGGUGUUCAAGUAAUUAAAAUGUAUGCCUGGGAAAAACCAUUCUGCGCUUUGAUCGAAACUGCACGUAAAUUAGAAUUACAAGUUGUCACUAAGAGUGCCUAUAUUAGAGGUAUCUAUAUGACCUUCAACUUGUUUACUACAAGGAUGGCUCUUUAUGCUACUCUAAUUAGUAUCCUCUUAUUUGGCAAUGAAUUAUCUGCCGAUAAAGUGUUUGUUUUUUCUUCCUAUUUUAAUAUUUUGGCGCAUACUAUGUCUGGAAUGUUCGUGCGGGGUUUUGCGGAGAUUGCCGAAUGUAUAGUGGCUGUAAGAAGAUUACAGCAUUUUUUGAUGUAUGAAGAAUUUCAAGAUAAUAUUUAUACUUCAAAUAAUUUCACUGCUAGUCUUAAUGGUAGUAUUAAUAGUGUAUCUAAACAAGUUUCCAAUAAAACUUCCAAAAAUGAUAUACCAUAUAUUGAUGAUGAAAUAGAUAGUUAUGAGAAUCUGGAUGAUUCUUUAGAAAAAAGGAGACACAAUGGUUUAAUAGUUGUUGCUAGUGAUUUGUUGGAAAAUACAGCAAAUCUUAUGGGAGAAAAAAAACAUUCUUCAAUGCCAAUUGAAGAGAUAUAUGCAAUAAAAAUGACGAAUUUAACAGCCAAAUGGGAACCAAGUCAAUCUGAGAAUACUCUUGAAAGUAUAAAUUUAGAAAUGCAAAAAGGAAAGAUAUAUGCUGUAAUAGGUAUGGUUGGAGCUGGAAAAAGUUCUUUUCUUUCUGCCAUUCUUGGAGAAAUAGAUAUAACGAGAGGUCACGUGAAAGUAAACGGAAGUCUGAGCUAUGCUGGACAAGAAGCUUGGGUUUUUGGUUCAACUAUUAGACAAAAUAUUCUUUUUGGACAAUCUUAUGAUCGUCAUCGAUAUCAGAAAGUUAUUAAAGCUUGUUCUCUUUCAAGAGAUUUCAAACAAUUUCCACAAGGUGAUCAAACAGUUGUUGGAGAAAGAGGCAGUUCUUUAUCAGGAGGACAGAAAGCUAGAAUCAAUUUAGCUAGAUCUUUAUAUAGACAAGCAGAUAUUUAUUUGUUAGAUGAUCCAUUAAGUGCUGUUGAUACUCAUGUUAGUAAACAUUUAUUUGAGGAAUGUAUGCAAAGAUAUUUAGCUGGAAAAACGAGGAUUUUAGCUACUCAUCAGUUACAAUAUGUGAAGAAUGUAGAUGCUAUUAUACUUAUAGAUCAAGGAAAAGUUACAGUAUUCUCUAAUUUUCAAGAUUUAUUGAAGCAACGACCAGAGUAUGCUGAAUUACUUGCAGCAGAAUCAGAAACGAAUGAAGAUAGUUCUUUAGAAAAGAGUACUAUGAGAAGACAAUUUUCAUCAUCAAGUACUAGAAGUCGAACUCCAGAAGCAAGUAGCGGAGGAACAGAUGAUGAGGAAGAAGAUGAAGAUCCUCAAGGAUUAAACGAUGGUCUAGAAGGAACUUCUCGUGGAGCAGUUAAAGGUUCACUAUUCAUUAAAUACUUCCAAACUGGUGCUAAUUUAUGUUUAGCAUUUACAUUACUCCUACUAUUUAUAAGUACACAGUUUAUAGCCAGUCUCAAUGAUUAUUUUGUUCCUAUUUUAGUAAGUGCAGAAGAAACGCGACAUUAUUACCUUUUACAAGCUAAGUCUAAUAUUACCAAUGAUACUUUGAUUGAAAACUUGGAUAUUUCAUCAAUGUAUAAAUAUCUAUAUAUUUAUACAAUUAUAGUUGUGGGAAUAUUUUGUAUUGGUAUUACCAGAUCAUUGUCUUUUUACAAAGUAUGCAUAUUAUGCAGUCAAAAAUUACAUGAUAUGGCCUUUAGCGCUUUAAUUAGAACGGGUAUGAGAUUUUUCGACAUCAAUCCCAGUGGUCGAAUACUUAAUAGAUUUUCUAAAGAUAUGGGAGCUAUCGAUGAAUUAUUACCAAAGGCUAUACUCGAUGCUGGUCAAAUAUGUAUGAUGAUGGUUGGAUCGUUAACAGUAUCGUGUAUCAUUAAUCCUCUUUUCUUAAUUCCUAUAGUAUUUUUGGGUACAGUAUUUUAUUGGAUAAGAAAAGUAUUUUUGAAGACUAGUAAAAAUAUUAAGAGAAUGGAAGGAAUAACUCGAUCACCUGUAUUUACUCAUUUAAAUGCUACUUUAAAUGGAUUGUCUACCAUAAGAGCUUAUUGUGCACAAGAUAUAUUAAAAAAAGAAUUUGAUAAACUGCAAGACGUCCAUACUUCCACUGUUUAUAUCAUUUUCCGGUGGAGAAGUAGGCUUAGCUAUCACUCAAGUAAUGGCUAUGACUGGAAUGAUUCAAUGGGGUAUGAGGCAAAAUGCUGAAGUCGCGAAUCAAUUGAUGUCUGUGGAGCGUGUGUUAGAAUAUACGCAAGUCAUACCCGAACCGAAUUUACGCGAUAGAGGAAAGUUUGCUAAAAAAACAGAAAAACAAGUUGCACUUCCUGCUAAUGCACCAAAAAAUUGGCC